AUGACGUCACGAAAAGAAAAAAGAGCACCUUUCUUCGUUUUCGCUCUUCCGUCCGUUGUCGCAGGCAAAAGUAAAAAACUCGUUUCGCUACUAAAGAAAUCGGUAAAUAGCAAAACACUACCUCGGAAUCCGUUCCGUCGUGUUCGCUCCUCCAAAGUAUCUGCCAACGUCCAGAAUCAAGACAACACUCUCCACGAAUCUCGGACCGUUCAAACCGAAAAGACCAGAAUUAUUAAAGCUACAAGUCAGUUACUUUACGAAUCCGGAACCAGUGCAUGGCCGGAAUUUUUCAAUAAUCCCACCGAACCAGCUAAACACACCGUCGAUGAAGGUAACGAUACGGAAUGGAUAGGCUAUGGCGAGAUAUCAAUGUCGCCGUAUGAUACGGCAUGGGUUGCAAUGAUCCCCAGUCGCAAAUACAAAGCGACUCAACAACCGCAAGACUUUGAGCUUGCGUUUCCUCAAUGCUUCGCAUGGUUAUUACAAGCACAAGAUGAAAACGGCAGUUGGGCUCGGACCGGACCGGGAAGUAUUGCCCCUGCUUUGGCUGCUGUCCUUGCUCUCGGUUCAUUUCGCACCAGAGCGGCAGAAUUCUUUGAGCAAAAAUUGGCUAAUCUUGGUAUUAGUAAGAAACUCUUCAGUUCGGUAUACGAAAAGGGGAUAGAAUUUCUCCGCAUCACAUUGAACGGAUGGAAUAUCGAUGAAUUGGACAUGACUGGUUUUGAAAUAGUGAUUCCCUCGCUCCUGUCAGCAUUGGAAAAGCUGACGCCUCCAGUCACCUUUGACUUUCCCGACCAAAGCAGGCUAUACAAAGAAAAUCAGCGUAAAUUGAGCAUAAUCCCGAUCGAAGCCAUUUUUGCAUUAGCUGCCAGACGCCAACCAAUCACAAUUGUCCAUUCGCUUGAAUCUUUCACCAACACGUUUGACAUGUCCAAAUGCCAGAACGAGGGCUUCCAAGCCAUCAAUGGCAGUUACGGUUCGUCUCCCGCAGCGACUGCAGCCGUAUUGAUUGCAGCGCAGGAAUGGGACGAGAAGGCGUACGUGUUUCUGAAAAAGAUUAUCGAUAAUCGUCCGUCGCACGCAAGCAAAUUCGGAUACGUGCCCACGUUAUGUGAUGUCGGAAUCUUUGAAACAUGCUGGAUUGCGCAUUGCGUUGGAGAAAUGAUCAUGUCGAUGGAAGGGAAUCCAAGCACGGAUUUCAGCACCCCGCUGAUGCAAGAAUUGACGAGUCGAAAUGCGGCAUUCAUCACAUACAUGAAGGCACUCUUGAAGGAACAAAAGGGCGUUCUUCGAUGGGUAAGCUGGGAUAACCGUAUUCCCGGAGACGUGGACGAUACCGGCGUGGCUAAUUAUCUCAUAAGACACUUUGAUGCCGACGCCACGUUCGAUCUGAGCCCGAUAACAAAAACAUUUUGGAACGGUCGAUACUUUAUCACGUACCCGCUAGAGCGGACCUUCUCGGUUAGUGUUAAUGUGCAUAUUCUCAAUUUCCUGUUAUCAGAAAGAGAACGAGCUCGUGUCAAAGAGACGUUACCGAUCAUGGUGCCUACAAUCACAAAGACGGGCGUUACGCGACAAGCCGAUUUGGAUAACAUAAUAAUCACAGAUAUUAAUUGGAUGGCCGCACAACGUAAUCAGGAUCAUGUUUGGAAAGACAAAUGGAACAGAUCUCCGUGGUAUACCACAAUGAAGUCGAUACAGGUCUUGCUCUCGCUACGCAAAUAUCCGGAUAUGCUCGCUGUGACAUCCUUCAAGAAUUUGGAAACUCUCCACGCUUAUUGUCGCAAGUCCAUCGAUCGUGCACUAAGCGUUCAGCAUGAGGAUGGUACGUGGGGAGAAGCGUCAUCUGACGCGCAGGGAAACGUAGAAGAAACAAGCUACGUAGUAAGAAUGUUAAAGGAAGCACUUCGAGUAUGGUCGGAAGAUGAAGAACUCAAAAAUGCAUUAGUGAGAGGUCGACAAUACUUGUUACGGCAUUUUGACGAGGCUAUGAAUGAUAAAGGCUUCUUUCAUAAUAAGCAGCCGUUUUUAUGGGUAAACAAACAGUUAUACACGGUACCGAGGAUUCUACGUGCAUCGAUGUUAUCUGCGCUUUGGGAAGAUUAA